AUGGAUUCCAGAAUCAUGAAAGCCUUCCAAAAGGAAAUCACCUGCCCUCUCUGCAUGAAGUACUUCGUAGAUCCAGUCACCUUAGCCUGUGGGCACAGCUUUUGUAGGCCCUGUGUUUACCUUGGCUGGCAUGACCUCCCAGAUCAUGUUACCUGCUCUGAAUGCAAGCAGAUGGUACAGAAGAGAAACUUUAAAACAAAUAUUUGUAUGAAGAAACUGGCAGCCAUUGUCAGAAAAACCAGUCUUUGGCAAUUCCUGAGCUCUGAGGAACACAUGUGUGGGGCUCAUAAGGAGAUGAAGAAGAUCUUCUGUGAAGAAGACAAGAACUUUCUCUGUUUGCUCUGUUCUAAAUCCCAGGAACAUGAAGCUCACAAACAUUGGACAAUCGAAAUUGCUGCUGAGGAACACAGGGAGAAUAUGGUGAAGAAAAUGCGGUGUUUAUGGGAAAAAUAUUGUGAAAGUUACAGAAACCUGACUAUGGAGAUGUUGAUUAUGGGCUCAUGGGAGAACUAUAUAAAUUUAAGAAGAGAAGCAAUUAGAGUUGAAUAUGGGAAGAUGCCUGCAACUUACUAUGAGGAAGAAAAGCAUCAUUUAGAGAGGCUGCAAAAAGAGAGCAAAGACAUUUUUGAGCAGCUCAAAGAGAGUAAAACCAGAAUGGCUCAUAUGACAGAGAUGUUAAGAGGAAUAUAUGAAGAGGUGAAGGAAAUAUGCCACAGACCAGAUGUGGAGUUACUCCAGGUCUUUGGAGACACACUGCACAGGAUUGAAUCUAUGCAGCUGUAUAUAGUCCAACCUGUGAAUCCAGAACUCAGUGCAGGACCCAUCACUGGACUAAUUGACAGGCUCAACAGCUUCCGAGUUGAUAUUACUCUGUGUCAUGAAAAAGUCUACUCCCACAUCUUCCUGUAUGGAGAGUUGAGAAGUGUGAAUGUUGCAUGCAGUCCACAAGGUUCCUCCUUGAUCAUUCCAACAUCAGAAUGCUUUCUUGCCUGGGGUACUCACACUUUUUCCACUGGCAGAUAUUACUGGGAGGUGGAAGUGGGAGACUCUUGGAACUGGGCUUUGGGAGUCUGUAAUGAUGAUUGGAAAAAUAACAGAAAUUACAAGAUAAAUGAGGUGGAGGGGCUCUUCCUUCUUGGAUGUGUUAAGGAGGGUUCCCAAUGCACUCUCUUUACCACCUCCCCACUUGCCAUUCAAUAUGUACCAAGGCCUAUUGGCCUAAUAGGAGUAUUCCUGGAUUAUGAAGGCAGAACAGUGAGCUUCAUUAAUGUUGCUCAAAGUUCACUGAUACACAGUAUUCUUUUCUGUUCCUUUUCUCCCCUUGUCAAUGCUGUUUUCUGCUGUAGUCACAUCUGA